CACUGAACAAACUUGACCACUUUCCCAAGUGCAUCUUUUUUUUAGUAUUAUCCAGCUCUACUAUCUUAAAUACUCCGCCUCAGACCAUAUGCACUAUCCUGCAUAUUUCAAAGCGCAACUUUAGUUUUGGAACACAUUUCCAAAUCACUGAACCGCUCCUGUUUCACCUUCUUUACCCCUCAUAGACCAAACCCAUCUCACAGGAACAGUAUGCGCUGCGGAUCACUAUGACUGCCUCCAGACCUUCACCACAGGCCCAGAUAUACCCUGGGAAAGGCCUUGGCUUUUUAAGCAUGUUGAAUUUGUCUUCAUUCCGCGUGAAAGCUCACCCCCAGACUUACCCCGCGAUCGAUAUUGCAUAUUCAUCCUCUGAACCUCUUCAUAAGCCGGUUACUUUACAGCUGCCUUCGAACGGUCUUCGUUUGCGAUUUGACGGACCGGAUCAAAGGCUGCGUUUGGUAGAGGUGCUAGACUUCUCUAAAACAGCGCUAGUUUAUAAGAACCAGGAGGUUCUGAAAGGGGCCAAACCACAUGAGCAUUCAACUUCCCAACAAGGCCCGAGCUUUCGCCAUGUUUAUAACCGUCUUUUCGGCCCUUCGUAUCCAGGCGAAUACAUACCACCUAUUACUCAGUCACCAUAUGGUACCUAUGUGCUAUCGUAUCCCGGGGUUGCUUUCUCAUUCCCCCUUCAACAUUCAGCCUGGUCAGAACAGUGUGACUUCGUAGCUCUGCUCUCUUCUUCGGCCGCCUUACCAGCCACCUCCAUGGCUAUCUUCCAAGGUUCAUCAUGGCCAGAGGUUCGGGCCAAAUUGUUCACACAACAACCACAGUAUCCGCGAUCUCCAGCGUUGGCUGGGAAGAAUAAAGAAACCGUUCCUGACGAGAUCGAGGAAUUCACAAUUUUAGGGGCCGGCAAACUGGAGGUUACCCGGAGAUCAUCAUCCCCAGUGUAUAUCACACUUUCAGAGACAACUCCACAGGAUUUAGUUGCGGAGUUUGGGCCCCCAGAUGCCAUAUAUCGUAAGAAUGAUCGCAGAAUCUCCAUUCACCGCGCUGCUGGUGGUAGCGGUGGUGAUGAUACCAUCCACAUGAGUCCAUCUCCAGGAAGAGGGAUUGACGUUACUGACACAGAUCAAUCCUCGAAUAAUAGCGUUAGCGAUGAUUCAGACGAGGAACUUUCACAAGCGAAUGCAUUGGACCCAUCCUCCCUGCCAACGCAGUGCUUCUUUAACUAUUUUCACCAUGGAUUUGACGCUUUUAUUUCUCAUCCGACUACAUCUGGUCCAGCCUUCCCUGGGUCCAACCUUCCUGAGCCCACCCCUCCAUCCCCCUCAUCUCAACUCGUUGUAUCUAAAAUUAUUUUGCAUGGAAAUGUCCCAGGGUCAUAUCCAUUCAAUCGACACCGACGCAGUCGUUGGAAGAUCGAACUGAACUCGCAUGGAUUACCUGUCUGCUCCGAGACUCGCUACGAUGACAUUUCACACCGUCUAAGAGAAAUCUGGAAGGGUUCUUAUGCCAGCGCCGCGGAAGAGCGCACCGUUGAGCGACCCAUGGUCCUGAAUAGAGGAUGGGGUGAUAGCCCUGAAAGUAGCGUCGAGUUUCUGGGUGGCUGGGAAGAGAGCUCAAGUAAAGGGCAGAGGACUGGGCAAGAACUCGGGAUAUGCUUCAGCGGUAGCAUGCCGGAACUGCCGCGGACGCUGACUCGGUCCUGGUCGUCGACCUUGAAGCUCCCCAAGUCGACGUUCCCAGCGCGUGUGACUCUGACCGAUCAGUCGAAAUAUCUGAAGCGAUGUACCGACAACCUCUACGCCUGGCAACGGCGUGAAAGACCGGCCAAUCGACCCUUUAUUCUGCAUGACGGACCGCCCUAUGCGAAUGGUGAACUCCACGUUGGCCAUGCCCUCAAUAAGAUCUUGAAAGACAUAAUCUGCCGUGUGCAGCUGGGUUUGGGGAAGAGGGUGCGUUAUGUUCCUGGAUGGGAUUGCCACGGGUUGCCCAUUGAACUUAAGGCGCUUGAGGCGCAGAAAGAUCUUGGGAAGACCAAUGGACCCGUCAGUGCUGCGGUUAUUCGGAAGGUCGCGCGGGAGCUCGCAGGCCGAACGGUGAAGGAGCAAAUGAACGGCUUUCGUAGUUUCGGGGUCAUGGCAGACUGGGAGAACCAUUGGAAGACUAUGGACAAGGACUUUGAGAAGAGACAGCUUGGCAUUUUCCGUGAGAUGGUUGAGAAAGGGCUGAUUUAUCGGAGGUUUAAACCGGUUUACUGGUCACCAUCUACUGGCACGGCGCUCGCGGAGGCGGAGCUUGAGUACAAGGACGACCAUGUGUCAACGGCUGCUUUUGUUAGAUUCCCCUUGGUUACGAUCCCGUCGCAUCUGGCCCAGAACCCGCUGUUACAGGGCAAGGAUAUCAGUGCUGUUAUUUGGACGACUACCCCGUGGACUCUCCCGGCAAACGCUGUCAUUGCGAUUCACCCUGAAUUAGAAUACACUAUUGUCCAGUCCGCAAGCCACGGCCACCUCCUUGUUGCGCAAUCUCGACUAGAACAUCUAGAAGGCAUUUUGAAAGAGGAUCUAUCGGUUAUAGUUCCUGGGAUUCUUGGCUCGGAACUGGCCGAUAACACAACGUAUCGACCAAUCUUCAAGGGGCCAGAUUCUGACGCUCAACCGAUCAUUGCUGCCGAGUUUGUUACUGCUGAUUCCGGAACGGGUCUUGUUCACGGUGCCCCUGGCCAUGGAAUGGAUGACUAUGAGGCUUGUGUUGCUCGUGGCAUUUCUGCAUUCGCUCCGGUUGAUGAUCACGGCAAAUUCACAGAUCGCGCAAUGCCCAGCGACCCGACGAGGUUGAGCGGAAAGAACGUUUUGACGGAAGGAAAUAUUGCUGUGCUUGAAUAUGUUGAGUCACAAGGCUUGCUUCUCUCAAAACACCGCUACGAACACAAGUAUCCUUACGAUUGGAGGUCGAAGCAGCCAAUUAUUAUCCGCGCGACUGAACAAUGGUUCGCCGAUGUCGCCGAUAUUCGCACCAGUGCAGUCAAAGCGUUGCAGGAUGUCCACUUCGUUCCAACGUCUGGGAAGCAACGACUAGAGAAUUUUGUCAAUAACCGUAGCGAAUGGUGCAUUUCUCGCCAGCGUGCUUGGGGUGUUCCUAUCCCUGCCAUUUACCAUAAAGGUACCGGUGAAGCUGUGCUUACAAAAGACAGCGUUUCGCAUGUUAUGGACGUUAUCGACAAGCGCGGAAUUGAUGCAUGGUGGACUGACGAUGCUAACGAUCUUGCCUGGAUUCCGCCCUCGUUACGGGAAUCUGAUGGUCCAGGGUACAGACGGGGAACCGACACCAUGGAUGUGUGGUUUGACAGCGGAACUAGUUGGGCAGAAAUCGAACCCCCUUACAGUAGCGAUGGCCACCCCGCGGAUGUUUACCUCGAAGGCACUGACCAACAUCGCGGUUGGUUCCAGUCGGGACUUCUCACCUUCAUUGCGCACCAACUUGCCUCGGGAAGUACUACCCCUCGUGCACCUUUCAAACACCUGAUUACCCAUGGAUUUACCUUGGAUGAAGACGGUCGUAAAAUGAGCAAAUCCAUUGGAAAUGUACUGCAUCCGCAGACCAUCAUGGAUGGCACCCUUUUGCCACCUCUUAAGCAGAAGAAGGGCAAAGGCAAAAAGCAAACAGAGGCUAAAGGCCCUGUUUACGAUGCCAUGGGCCCCGACGCGCUUCGGAUGUGGGUCGCCAGCAGUGACUAUACUCGAGACGUGGUAAUUGGCAAGCAAGUUCUCCAGACAGUCAACACCAGUUUGCACAAGUACCGUGUGACUUUCAAGCUUUUGCUAGGAGCACUUUCCGAUUUCUGCCCGCAGGAUCAGGUUCCAUAUGACCAGUUGCUGCUGGUUGAUCGUAUCGCGCUUAUGCACUUAUCCGAGAUGACCCUUGCCGCUAGAAAAGCGUUAGAAAGCUUUGAAUUCUACAAGGCCGUCAAUGCAAUUAACCGAUGGGCCAAUCUCGAGUUCUCCUCGUUCUACAUGGAGGCUAUUAAAGAUCGACUCUAUACUUAUGGAGAAGAUAGUCUCAGCAGGCGCGCUGCACAGACCACUUUGUUCCACAUUUACCAGCAUCUCCAGGAGGUGCUGGCUCCUAUCACCCCGUUGCUUGUAGAAGAGACUUGGGAGCAUACGCCUGAGGCUCUGAAGUCUCACUGCGAACACCCCAUGAAACGCAUUGUCUCUAGCCCUGCAUCAGAAUGGCAAAAACCAUCCCUUGAAGCAGACUACCAGGAUAUUGUCGCUGUCCACUCCGUUAUCAAGGUUAUCCAAGAAAAAGCUCGUGGCCAGAAACAAAUGGGCUCGUCUCUGCAAUCCUUUGUUCACAUUACACUGCCAGAGGGUUCUGCUGCUUCCUCUGUUCUGCGACGGGGCUUGGAUGAACUUGCUGAUAUAUUUGUUGUUUCUUCUGUUACCCUGAGUGGCAGCAGUGAGCCCAUUCCUGAUACUAUUGCGAACGCCGAGUGGCAAUACAGUGGCGAGUACGAGCUUCCAAACGGAGCCAAGGGAACUGUGUAUAUCUUCAGUCCACAGGCAUCUAAGUGCCCUCGGUGCUGGCGCUAUGUAGUUCCGGAAAUAGAAGCAGCAGAAGAGAGCGUGUGCGAUCGCUGCGAGGAGGUUGUCCAGGAACUUGAUGCGUCUACAUAAGGCAGCCAGAGGGUUUCCUUGAUUUCUACUACCCACCCAUGUACAAUAAUCUUCACUUACAUAUAGACCUUUGUAUUAUUUUGAAAUAAACUCAUCUUUCAUAUUC